AAAGAAAGCUGCUCAAGGACUUAAAGGUCUGUUGAACGUGGGUCACAGAGCAGAAUACAUGGCACUGUGAUACGUUUGAUUAAUACAGAGGUCUUGCAACAUGUCCUGCAUCUCACCCAGAACAUUGGUUAUUAAAAAUCAGCAGGUUUGAUAAAGAACUAGGUGUGCGCUUUUAACAGCUGAUAAUAGUGAUAUGAGGAUUUUUUUAAUAUAUAGUGUUCUAUGUGCAGCAUUUAUCCCAUAGAUUAUGAACAUUUAUCAUAUUUAAACAGAUCCUGGUAAACAUUUUGGCCUAAACACAAAAAACCUGAUGCAGUCACACAGUUCUCCAGAAACACUCCUCCCACUACAAACAAUAUUUUCUUAUAAAUAUUCACAGAGUCCCAAGAGAACUGCACUUAUCACAGGGUUAAGCUCAAAGCUUCACAACCAUGUUUGUAAAAUUUGUAGCUACACUCUUGGCUGUCUUCUUAACCGUGGCAAAUGCUGGACUUGUCGGAGCGCCGAUAAAUGCAGACAUAAACAGCCCAGAAGUCCAAAAUGCCCUGUCGUUUGCAGUCGCUCAGUAUAAUUCAGAGAGUGACAGCAUUUACAUCCAAAAAGUUGUUAAAGUGAUUAAGGCCCAGGUGCAGGUUGUUUCUGGUGUGAAAUACAUCUUCACUGUCGAGAUGGCUAAUACUUCCUGCAAGAAAGAGAAACCUGAAGAAACGUGUGCCAUCAAUUCAGACCCAGACUUGGCAAAAUCUCAUGAAUGCAAACUUGCAGUGUGGAGUCAGCCUUGGAUGAUGGACAGCAUGAAGCUUAUUGAGAAUACCUGCUAAGAGAAAUCACAUCCUAUUCUGUGGUCCUAUGGCAAGAGAUUCAUUAACAAUUCUGCCUUAUUCAUCAACCUGUAUUUGGUGAUGCUAAUAAAAGAUUGAGUUGUGAAAUUA